CUUUCCUCUGUGUGAAGUUGAAUUAUUUUUCCUCCGUACUUUUGUUUUUCUCCCGACAAACAUCAGGUCUCACGUUGACUUCAAGGCUCAGAGAGUCACUCGGUUGUUUAUCUGCGCCAAGUGUGUGGCGAUGAACACGUGAGCAGGUCACAGAGCUGGCAGACACCUGAAUUAAAGGUUGGAGGGAGGGGGAGGAGGAUGGAGAGGAUAAGGAGGAGGAGGAUGAGGAGGGAGCAGACAGUCAGUGGAGGAGCACAGACUGAACAGACGGACCAUUCUAACAGGCCGACGUAAAAAAAAAAAAAUCAUCAUGCCGAGGAAUAGUGAUGUGGCUAAAACGGAAGAAGGUGAGAAGAGGAUGAAGAGUAUUUUUUUAAGAGAGAGAAAAAACUGCACAGAAUUAUAAUCAAUUAAUCCUGGAAAAUGGAGUAAAAAAAAUAACCAGGUGUUUGUCGUUUGCAGUUGGGAUAGAAGUAGACGCAGAAGACAGCGACGGUGAGUAGGUUUCAUUUACCUCAGAUGAAAUAUUCUUAGUCAAGAAUUGAUAGUCAAAGAAUAACUAAAGAAUAGCUGAUAAUUAGCCCAGGUAUAACAAAAACCCAAUUUUGCUUAAAGUGCCUGAAAAUUAGACAAUAUCUUAGCUAAGUAAUUAUCCAAAAGGUGUCGCUGUUUCGUCCUUCGUUAACGUAGAAUCUGAUCCAAACGUCUGAAAAUACAGCAGGUGACACCAUGUACGUUUCACUGUGUGUGAGUGUAGACAGCGCCAGCCACAGGCGAAACAACAGAAGACAGGGCGCAGGACGAGGAGGAGCUAAGAGCAGAGGGCGGGGCAAAAAGCCGGCCAGUGACGAAGAGGAGGAUGAAGAAGAAGAAGAAGAUGACGGUCCACGAGGUCGACGCAGCAGAGGAGCAAACAAGAAGAAACCCGCGAAGAAACGUGGAGAUGACGACGAGGAGGAGGGAGACGAGAGUGAGGAUGAAGGCCCCAAGAGGAGAAGAGGAGGAGCGGGGGGGAAAGGAGGAGUUAAAGGAAAGAAAGGAGGCAAAGCGCAACAGGACAGUGAUGGUGAGGAGGAGAGUGAUGACGGGAAAGGGAAGAAGGGAAAGAAGGGAGGAGCAAAGAAAGGAGGGAAGAAGGAGGUGAAUGACGGUAAAGGUAAAAAAGGUGACGACAAGGGAAAAGAAAAGAAAGAAGACAAGGACAAGAAGAAAAAGAAGAAAGGAGACAGUUCUUCCGACUCCAGUGACUCUGAUGGUGAGGAGGAGGAGUCAAUGUCAGAGGGAGAGAUGGCCAAGCUGAUGGAGGAGGUGGAGGAGAAAAAGAAACUGAUCGGGAUCAUCAGAAACAAACCCUGGAGGAUGAAGAAGAGACUGACAGAGUUCAAAGAAGCUCAGCAGUUUGUGGAUAAGUUUGAAGGAGCUCUGGGUAAGGGUAAAGGCAGGAAAUGGUACGCUUACAAGGUCAUGAUGACAAAGAAAUGGAUCAAGUUUCAGCGGGACUUUGAGAACUUCAGAACUGCCUGUAUUCCCUGGGAGAGGAAGAUCAAAGAAGUGGAGAGUCACUUUGGCUCCUCCGUGGCUUCUUACUUCAUCUUCCUGCGCUGGAUGUACGGCAUGAACCUGGUUUUGUUCGGCUUCACGUUUGGUCUAGUGGUCAUUCCCGAGGUUCUGAUGGGCCUGCCUUAUGGUUCCAUUCCCAGGAAAACAGUUCCCAGAGCAGAUCAGGACACGGCUCAGGAUUAUUCUGUUCUCAUGGACGUUAAUGGCUACUGCAAGUACUCUGUAUUGUUUUAUGGUUACUACAACAGUCAGAGGACAAUUGGUCUCCUGAAGUUCAGACUGCCCCUAUCCUACUUCAUGGUUGGGAUUGGAACCUUUGGCUACAGUCUGAUGGUCGUCAUCCGCACGAUGGCCAAGAACGCAGAUGUCGGUGGUGGCGACGGCGAUGAAGGAGAAUUCACAUUUGCCUGGAAGAUGUUCACCAGCUGGGAUUAUCUGAUUGGAAACGCCGAGACGGCAGACAACAAGUACGCCUCCAUCACCACUAGCUUCAAGGAGUCCAUCGUAGACGAGCAGGAGAACCAGAAAGAUGAAAACAUCCACCUUCGCAGGUUCCUCAGAGUUCUGGCUAACUUCCUGAUCAUCUGUAGCCUCGGGGGUAGCGGCUACCUUAUCUACUUCGUGGUGAAAAGGUCGCAGGAGUUUGCAAACAGAACCGACCUCAGCUGGUAUGAGAAGAACGAGCUGGAGAUCAUCAUGUCUUUGCUGGGUCUGGUCUGUCCUCCUCUGUUCGAGACCAUUGCAGAGCUGGAGGACUACCAUCCACGGAUUGCCCUCAAGUGGCAGCUGGGGAGAAUUUUCGCCCUCUUCCUGGGAAACCUCUACACCUUCCUGUUCGCACUGUUUGAUGAGGUCAACACCAAGCUGGAAGAGGAGCAGUCCAUUCAGAACGCCUCCAUCUGGGCCAUAAAGGAGUACUACGCCAAUUUCUCACGAAUGAUCAACGACUCAGAGGUCACGCCUCCACCUAUGGACCCUGCUGAUGUCAUCAGGGGACCCUGUUGGGAAACGGCUGUAGGCAUUGAGUUUGUGAAGCUGACCGUGUCAGACAUUCAGGUGACCUACCUGACCAUCCUGAUCGGAGACUUUGCCAGAGCGGUCAUCGUCCGUUUCCUCAACUACUGCUGGUGCUGGGACCUGGAGGCUGGAUUUCCUUCGUAUGGAGAGUUUGACAUCAGUGGAAAUGUCCUUGGUCUGGUCUUCAACCAGGGGAUGAUCUGGAUGGGGGCCUUCUAUGCUCCUGGUCUGGUUGGUAUCAAUGUCCUUCGCCUUCUAAGCUCCAUGUACUACCAGUGCUGGGCCGUCAUGGCCACCAACGUCCCCCAUGAGCGAGUGUUCAAGGCAUCCAAGUCCAACAACUUCUACAUGGGUCUGCUGCUGCUCAUCCUCUUCCUCAGCCUCCUGCCGGUUGUCUACACUGUCAUGUCACUGCCUCCCUCCUUUGACUGUGGACCCUUCAGUGGAAAGACGAAGAUGUAUAACGUCAUCAUGGAGACCAUCGACCUGGACCUGCCGGCCUUUGUGGGAUCGCUGUUCAGCUACGCUGCCAAUCCAGGGCUAAUCAUACCAGCAGUGCUUCUCAUGGUACUGGCCAUCUACUAUUUGAACUCCGUGUCAGAGGCCUACAAAAACUCCAACAUGGAGCUAAAGAAAAAGAUGCAGAUGGCUCGGGAUGAAGAGAAGAACCGUAGGAACAAUAUGGACAGUACCAACCAGGUCCUGAAAGACCUGGAGGACCUGCUGCCAAACCGCUCUCUGGCUCCACCUGCUGUACCACCUGAGCCAGAAAACCCACCAGAGCCAGAACCAAGGCCCACAAAGACCAGACCUGGUAAAGGAGUGAACCUGCAGAAAGACGUGGCUCUGGCUUCACCAAACCCCAACAGUCAGAGACCAGUGAACCGGGCCCCGGGUCCCAGACCAGGACUGGAACCUGGAGCAGGACGAGGACGUGGCAGAGGGCCGCCUCCAACAUAAUGACCCUCCCACCGUCCCUUGUAGUCAUUCUCAAAAUGCAGAAUCUGAUUCAGAAAUAUUUGAUUAAUACUAAUAAAGUAGGAGGAAAUGAAAGGCCGAAAAAAAUCAUUAUGCCAAUUAUUAGUACUGUUGCAUUUAUGGUUAUGGCUCUGAACUAAACCUCAAUAAAAUCAAGGAACUGCAAUUGCAUAAAUUAAUAUUAAUGUUCCAAAGAAUAAAACAAAUACAAAAUUAUGAAAGUAUUUAUUUAGCACAUUCCAACAAACUUGGACCCAAUUUAUGUGUACAAUAAAUGAUUAUGUACAGGCCUACUGGCCUACUGAAAGAUUGUAAAAUUAAAUGUUGUGCUGCUUUAUUCC